AUGGGUAACAAGAAGGAAGAAUUGACAUUAGUAUCAGGUGAACCACUUGACAAAAUCGAUGAUAAGAAAUUGGAACUGAAAGCUAGUGGUGGAGAAUCGUUAGAGAAAGGCGGAGAAAUAAAAGAAAAAGGUGUGGUAUCUGAUAAGUCUAGGGAACCAGCCGCUGAUGCUGCUGCCACUGUAUCUAAAAAGAAGGAGGAAAAAGAAGGCAGAGGGAAAAAGGGAGGAGAAGAAGAAAAAGAAGAAGAAAAAGAAGAAGUGACCGAGGAAGUGUCGUUGACUGAUAAGAAGGAAGCGAAUGAGGUGGAAAAAAAGAAGGAGGACAAGAACAAAGAAGAAGAGGAAGAAAAAGAAAAAGAAGAAGAAAAGCCGCCCACUCCACCUUCAAGACCAAAAGAUCCCGUUCAACAAGCAAUCCAGGAUUUGAAAGAUGCGUUCCCAUCGAUUGAAAACAAGUUGAUCACAGCUGUAUUGAUUGCCGCGCAAGGAAAUGUUGAACCUGCAUUUAGUGCAUUGUUGUACCUUUCAGAUCCAACUUUCAAACCCGAAAUUCCAGUGUACCAUCGACCAAGCAAUUUUUCUUCAGAUGGCACAACUACAGCAGCUACUCGUGGAACCAAUACCGCUACUACUACUACUACUACUACUGCUAAUACUGCACCACUAACAACAAGGAGAGCUAGUAAUACUGUGGCAGGUGUAUCUACUCAUGGUUUUACAGAUGAUGAAAUCUUGGCUAGGAAAUUACAAAGAGAAUUUGAAUUGGAAGAUGAAAUGAGAAGGAGAAGAAGGAGAGGAGGAAGAGAAGGAGGAAGAGAAGGAGGAAGAGAAGGAGGAAGAGAAGGAGGAGUAAAAGAGAGACACGAUGGACGCGUUCCAGUAAGAAGACAGAGGAGUCAUCAAAGACGUCAAGAGCAAUAUGAAGAAGAUUAUGAAAGUUCGCCAGAUGAAUUUGAACAGAUUAAGGAAACCUUUACUCAAGGUCUCGAAGAAGCAAAAACUACAAUAAAUGGUUGGGUUUCAGGGUUAGCCAAGAAAUUUGAUAAUGCAACUAAUAAUAGUUCGAGUAACCAAGGCAACAACGAUAAUUUCUCAUUUGAAUCUCAAACUGGACGAGGUAAUGAUUUUGGUAAAUUAGGACGUGAUGGAUCAUCAUAUUAUGAUAAUUAUUACAGAAGGAACAGAAAAUCAACUAGAUUUGAUGAAGAUCCUGAAAUUAUACCUGGAGAUUUCCACGAUCAAAUUCAAAUGAAAAAUAAUGAUAUUGUAUCGAAAAAGGAACAUACUCCAAAUUUACCUAGUAGACCAAGAACUUCAGAUGAAUAUCAAUCAGAUACUCCAACUAUAAGCAAUCCAAAUAAUAAAAAAACAGGAAACUUGGAAAGUUCAACUAUAAAUGAAAAGAAAAAGCAACCAUGGCAACCUGACGAGCCUUCAGUGCCUGCUAGUUCAGAUGCGUUUUUGGUCACUGAUAGUGAAGACGAAAUUGAAGAGAUCUCUACUGCUGCUGCUACGACUGGAACCACCAGUGAGAAGAAAUAG